AUGAGGACGAGUGCUCACUGUUCUUCAAUCAUAUACAAGCUCGACUUGAUGCGUACCUCUUUAUGGACAACACUGCGGGCGACUUCUAGUUGCUCCCGUCCUCAUGUAUGUCGCCUCGUCGCCGGCCGACGGUUACCAUUCCCACAACGCACCUUCCAUACCUCCCCCAGUCCUCAACGCGAAGAAGAUCCUCCGAAUGCGCCUUGGAACCCGUCCGUUGAGCAACCGAUAGAUGCAAUCCAAUCAGAACAAACUUCUGUCGUACUAGAAACUACAGCGGAAGACCCCAACGGCGCCUCAGACAAUCCCCCCAGGCCUAAAGACAAGAGCAAUUACGGCUCGGCUUCAAGGAGGGCUUCAAGGAACAUCAAGCCGCGAGAAAAGUCACCGCCAGUGCAUAUCCCGCCAUGGUUCUUAGACCAGAAUGUGAUACUUCGGGGAGAUCGCGCUCAUGCGCGGACAAAAGAUGGGCCCAGGACACUCAUACGACUUGGGGGGCUUCCCUCGGACCAGGUUGCACAUGACGAAGAACAAGCUGUUGCUGAGGAUGCUAGCUUGAGAAAUGGAGCUCCAGAAAAUAAAAAGUCUGAUGGCCGUCAGCAGGAGACUAAUGAGGGUCCGUCCUCGAAGUCUCGACCUACCACGCCCCUACUGGAUAACAUCAUCAUGCGCGAAAUAUCCUCAGUUGUAUCAGCUGGACUUCAAGUCUCAUCAUGGCAGCGUGCAGAAAUUGCUGCUUCUCCAAAACCUCACGUCGUGCUUUUCUGCCCCAAAAACGGUGGUUCCUCUUUCUUAGACGUGAUUGGGCUUCAAUUGGCGGAAGAGAACUUAACAGACCUUCUACGGCUCACACCACAAGACAUUGCCGAAAUAGGAGGCGAUUACAUUGACGAUCCAUCAAAUUUCCGGGGUAACACUUUAAGCUCUCUAGGAUACGAUACUCAGCUGGUCACAGCCAUGCGCUUCCCACAAAGGUCAGAAGAUCCCCCUGAGGAAGAAUACUUCGACGAACCGGAGGAGGAGGACAUGGAUCAAGGUCCGGGAAAAUCGAAAUAUCCCGUGCAUGGUCCUGUUGGUGGGUUCAACGCGAUCCACGUUGGGACCUUUGCACCAAACAGCUUGCAGGACUUCUUCAAACCCUUCGUGUCGCAAGCUGGUUUUCCUCAGCAACCAAAAGUAGUCGGAAUGAAGCCUGCUUUGCAACUGAAGGAUACGACUCCAGAAUUGAAAAUGACCAUGCUUGUGGAUACGUUGCUCAACGCUGCGGAAAGCAAGAGAGUGGCAGAAAAACCUGCCGAGGAGGCUUCGACCACCCAAGAGCAACCAGAAGCGGCAGGGAUUUUGAAUUCUACCUCCCAGUCUCCGCGAGCUGAGAAUUCCGAAAGUCUAUAUCGUGACGCCGAACGCGGGUCUGAGGGUUUGAUUGUCCUGAUUCAAGAUUACCUCCAGAUCAACGCGACAAUCAACGGCGGCAAAUUCCUCGACAAGCUACACGAGGUAGUAGAGGCAAGGCGCCGAGAGGGUCAAAGACUGCUCAUCAUUGGAACCGUAUCGUCUAAAGAGCUCAUGUCAUCUUUUUCCAGGCUCGGAAUCGACCAAGAGCAAAGAGAUCCUAGAAAUAUACCAACGCGGACCAUCAUAACUCCUAUCAAUGAAGCGUCGCCCGAGCACACAUUCGCACGGUAUCACAAAGAGAAAACUAGAGGCAUCAACAUGCGUCAUCUCAAAGAUAUGCUGCGUCGAACGGCGGCAGUACCUUCCCAGGUCGCGUCUAUUAUCUCAGACAGGACAAUCAACGUCGAUUCUAAGACGACCUUCUUAUCUGGUCUAGAAGAGUCUGUAUGGCCACUCGAUACAGUCAGUAGAGCUGCGACAACAAGUUUAGGCUUACUUGAAGGAUCAGAAGAAAUGACAAUCAAGCACAUCGAACAAGCAUUGGAGAUCAUUGAAUCGAGCGAUAACGCGAAGGGUGACUGGGUGGCGAAUGAGAAACAGCAGCGAGAGAACGUGACGAAGUCUACUGGUUCUGCGUCCGAAAUAGACUCCAAGGAUCGUAUGCGAAAACUACGAAAGACUUGCAACGAGCACGAGAGGAAGCUGUUGAAUGGCGUCGUGGAUCCUGAGAAUAUUAGGACCACCUUCGCUGAUGUUCAGGCUUCACCACAGACCAUAGAAGCACUGAAGACACUGACCUCUCUGUCACUCGUACGGCCAGACGCGUUCACAUACGGUGUACUUGCCACUGACAGAAUUCCGGGUCUCCUACUCUAUGGCCCUCCUGGUACUGGAAAGACACUUCUCGCUAAAGCCGUUGCCAAAGAGAGCGGAGCUACAGUGCUUGAAGUCAGCGGCUCCGAUGUCUAUGAUAUGUACGUCGGCGAAGGCGAAAAGAACGUCAGGGCCAUCUUCACCCUGGCCAAAAAGCUCACACCCUGCAUCGUAUUCAUCGACGAAGCGGACGCUAUCCUCGGCGCCCGCUCCGGCGGCGGCAAUCGUACCAGUCACCGUGAACUCAUCAACCAGUUCCUGCGCGAAUGGGAUGGCAUGACAGAGCUCUCGGCAUUCAUCAUGGUCGCCACUAACCGCCCCUUCGAUCUCGACGAAGCGUCACUCCGUCGACUACCUCGCCGCCUACUCGUCGAUCUCCCAGUUGAGAAAGACAGAGAAGCAAUCCUCAAGAUCCACCUCAAAACCGAACUCCUCGACCCCGACGUAUCCGUCUCAGACCUGGCUUCCCAGACACCCUUCUACUCCGGAUCCGACCUCAAAAAUCUCUGCGUCGCAGCCGCUCUGGCUUGCGUGCGGGAGGAAUUCGACGCCGCUGCUUCUCACGCCAAAGACACGAGCCAGACCGAAAAGUACGAAUACCCCGAAAAGCGGACUCUGCACACGAGACACUUCAACAAGGCCAUGGAGGAGAUCAGCGCGAGUAUUAGUGAGGACAUGGGCAGUUUGAGCGCGAUUAGGAAGUUCGAUGAGAAAUAUGGGGAUCGCAGGGGUAGGAGGAAGAAGGGUGGAUUUGGGUAUAGGACGGUCAGUGAGGGGGAGAAGGCGGGGAGUGAUGCGGCGAGGGUGAGGAAUCAGAGUUGA